AUGGACAUCGACGAUCACAGCAGGCUGCGGGAUCUGGCGGUGUCACUUAUUCGACAAGCUGCGGAGGGCUACAGCCCAAAGUACGGAUAUGGCUCCAUGAGCUGUGCAGCUUAUGACACCGCCUGGGUAUCUCUGGUGGCCAAACCGUUCAACGGCAUAAAGAAAUGGCUAUUUCCUCAGAGUUUCAAAUUUCUGCUUGAGAAUCAAGAGAAUGAUGGGAGCUGGGGGCGGCAAACAUCACCUGUCGACAGAAUUCUCAACACAGCAGCUCCUCUUCUGUCACUCCAGCGGCACGCAAGGGAACCACUGCAGCUGCAUGAUGUCUGCGAGGAUGGAGAUCUUGACGACAGAAUUCACCGUGCAACACUAAGCCUUCAGCGACAGCUGUCUGACUGGGACAUUGCUAGCACUGCGCACGUCGGCUUUGAGAUCAUAGUGCCUGCAUUGCUCAAUUUGCUCGCCGCUGAGGGCUUAUGCUUCUCCUUCAAAGCCCAAGAUGAGCUGAUGAAGGUCAACGCGGCAAAGUUGAAACGUUUUGAUCCAGAAGUUCUGCUCUAUGGGAAACAUAAAACGACCCUACUUCACUCUCUCGAAGCCUUUGUAGGCAUCAUUGACUUUGACAAGGUGGUACACCAUAAAGUUGGCGGUUCUUUCAUGGCGUCUCCUUCAGCAACUGCUGCUUAUCUGAUGAAUGCGUCAUGCUGGGACGAUGAAGCGGAAGAUUACAUAAAAAACGUACUUGUCAACGGCUCAGGACGUGGUCACGGCGCUGUACCGAGUGCAUACCCGUCAUCUAAUUUCGAGUACUCAUGGCUUCUUUCCACGCUCCUGCAUGCGGGUUUCACCGCAAAGGACAUUGAAUGCCCUGAGCUUUGCGAUGUGGCCGGGAUGCUUGAGAAUUCAUUCAUAGAAGGUCAAGGAACAAUCGGAUUUGCACGAUCCAUUUCAAGUGAUGCCGAUGAUACAGCGAAAGCUGCAUUCGCGCUCAAUAAACUGGGAUAUGAUGUCUCUGUUAAUGAGAUGGUCAAAGAGUUUGAAGUUAAAAACCACUUCCAGACUUACCCUUCAGAGCGAGACGCAAGUCUCAGCGCCAACUGCAAUGUACUUUUGGCUCUACUCCACCAGAAACAAGUCGGUGCAUACCAGCCGCAAAUACUCAAGUGUGUCAAGUUUUUAACGCGAUGCUGGUGGAAUACAGACGGACCAAUUCGUGACAAGUGGCAGUGCGAGGAUGGCUCCUGGAGCCAUUCCCGAGAGCAGACUGCCUAUGCUGUCCUGACAUUGGGACAAGCUAGAAGGUUAUCCACCUUUAAACACUUGCAAUCGCAAAUCGAUUCCGCUAUCGACCAGGCUGCCACUUUCAUCCGUCUCCACAGCGUCGAUCUAGCACAACAAUCAUUGCCCGAGUUCAUUUGGACUGAGAAAGUGUCAUACACCUCGCCUCUGGUCACCGAGGCAUACUGUCUUGCCGCUCUCAAAGUUGCAACUUCUUUGGUGGAUAACCCUGGGAUUGUGGGCGAAAGUCUGGACCUUGGCAUCCCAUCUCGGCAGCGAAUCGACAAAUAUAUCUGGCUGUUCCACCAGACACCCCUCUUCCGGUCGCUUCCAGAAUGGCAGCUUCGCGCCUCUUUCAUUGAAGGCCACCUUUUCCUUCCGAUCGUCAACGAGCACAGACUUGAUGUCUUCCCCCGCAAGAAUAUGGAUCCGGAUGAUGAUUAUAUUCGACUCAUCCCUUUUACUUGGACUGCGACAAACAACCGUAAUUUCACCUUUGCCUCUCCGGCAUGGCUUUACGACAUGAUCAUGGUCUCUGUGGUUGACUACCAAGCCGAUGAGUUCAUGGAAGCAGUUGCUGGGUUGACGUUUUCGGAGGACUUGUCCAUGCUGGUGGGCCUAAUUCAGGAGGUAUUGACGCCAUACAAGACCGAGCCCGCAAGCCCCGUGACUUCUUUGAUAGAUAUGUCCAGCGUACAAUGUCCGCGGGCCAAACUCUCAAACAUUGCAUCAGGGGAUAUCGAAGAGGUCAGAACCUGCCUGAGACGCUUCGCAUCUUUCUUUCUCGAUCAUCCUGCAGUGCGGAACGCCCAGCGAGAUGACCGUGCAACUGCUUGGCGCGAGGUUCACAACUAUCUGGUCGCCCACGUCCGUCAUACUCAGGAUAAUAUGCGUCUCAAUUUACAGGAGCAGAGGAGGUGGUACGUGUCCCGCAACAUGCCAUACUUCCACUGGGUUCGCAGCAACGAUGACAUAGCAUGUCCCAUCACAUUUGGUUUCGUCACUUGUCUUGUGCCGUAUCUCGUGGCCAAUCCGAUCGUGGAGCGAGCCGUGAUUGGCAACGAAAGCGAAAGCAUCGUUACAAGCUCGGACGUCUCAUUUGACUCGGUCGAGUCCAAGUAUUAUGCAGACGACGUUUGCCGGCAUAUCACAAACGUGACACGAAUUUACAACGACUGUGGCUCCGUGGUUCGCGACGCGACCGAGAAGAACCUCAACUCGGUCAACUUCCCCGAAUUCGCCGUGACCGCUUCCGGAUCGGAAAAGCAGGCUCUACAUGCAAUGGGCGAGUAUGAGCGCGCUUGCUGCCAGGCCGCGUUCCAGCGUCUCGAGGAGGCAUCGCUGCAGACUGCAACUACCGAGGCAGAGAGGGCUAAAAGACGGCGCAGACUAGAUGUGUGGAAGGUUUUCCUGGAUACGGCAGACCUGUACGGCCAAAUCUACGUAGUCCGUGACUUUACUGCCAGGUCAGUUCAUGUGCGGGAAACCGGCAUCGCUUCUACUGCAAAGGAUGUGCCUCUGGUUUCCAGCUCAGUUCCCCUGGUAGGUGGAGGUCCAAUGCUGGUCACGUAG